AUGGUUGAAGUUGAGCUAGAAAAAGGAUUUCCACAUAGAAUUGCAGUCGAGGACAAAAGAGGCAAUGUCACUAUGGUGGAUGUGGAGUAUUCUUGGCUUCCAUCGAAGUGUAGUAGAUGUGGGUUUUUAGGCCACAAGGAAACUAGAUGCCUUCUCCUUAGUCAACAAGGUACUGCAUCUAACUUAGUGUCCACAGUUCCUGCAAUCCCAGUUGUUGUUGAGGGUAAUACAAGCUCCCAAACAACCCAUGUUGAAGCAGCCAAAACCUCACAUGUUACGACUCCCAUUGUUGCACAAGAAACUCUUGUUGAUUGUGUAUCUCUAGAUGCUGCAGUGGUAAACACUGGUUCUGUUUCAGCCUGCACUUAUGUCUCUCCUCCUCUCUCAGUUGAAGCUGCACCAGUGGAGACUACAACCUACAUACACUCACCAACCGUUGUGGCUGGGCAUACUACUACUACAACUGAAGCGACUACCUUCACAACUGCCUUAUGCAACCACACUCCCAUAAAUACUGAAGUAAUAUUGCCUUCUUCUCCAAUGGUAACUGUCCCAUUUACUCCCCCUCGUUCAGGUUCAUUGGAUAAUGAGAAUGUGCAGGAAAAUGUCUUAGAAAGUAAUCAAUUUGCUGUCUUCGAUGUUGGAGUUUAUGGUUAUGAGAUGGGUGUUGAAUCCUCUCAACAUACCCGAGGAGGGAGGACAAUAAAACCUACACAGAAAAUCCAAGAUCAAUGGAUUACGGUAGGAGGACGGAGCAAACGUGGUCGUGGUGGCCGCGGUGGUCGAGGCUAA